CUCCUACAACGCUGCGCUGAAGUUGGCAGAGGUCCCACCUAGAGCUGCUUUAAUUUAAUCGAAACCCGAUAAAUAGAUUCUUAUUCGUUGUAAUAAAGUGUUUACAUUGGAUAUUUCAUUUAUUUACAAGACGGCUUGAAAGUUCCAGGAUACAUGCGGCGGUGAUAUCCGCUCCUAGCGGCAGCUGGUGGCGAUGCUACUGCUUGUGACCAUCAGCUAGCCGGGGUUAGCUGGUUCAGAGUGACGGGGAGAGAGAACCGUGGGCGAAAGCAGCUGGUAACAGGCAGCUGAAACUAGCACACAAGGGGGGACAAAAAACAAGAUUUGUAAAAGGCCAGAAAGUUGGAAUUCAAUUUGGUUUUACCGAACGGAACCGUAGUGGCGUAUUAAGCUAGUUAGCAGCUGGUUUGUCGCUAGUAGCGAACUUAACUUGGACGUUGCUGGGUGGUCUCAGGCUGAGAGUGUAGGAAAACGUAGCUGAAACAACACAAUGAGCUCCGAAGAGACAGCAGCGCCCAGCAAAGCCACUCCGGAUGAUGAUGGCAUGACCUGGUGGUACAGAUGGCUCUGCAAAAUAGCUGGGGUUUUGGGAGGAAUAUCCUGUGCUGUCUCGGGAGUGUGGAACUGCGUCACUGUAAACCCUUUAAACAUCGCCGCUGGAGUAUGGAUGGUGUUGAAUGCCUUCGUGCUGUUCCUUUGUGAGGUCCCAUUCUGCUGCCAGUUCAUAGAAUUUGCAAAUGCAAUCGCAGCCCGCGCAGACAAACUCAAACCCUGGCAGAAAGCCCUCUUCUACUGUGGGAUGGCCCUGUUUCCUGUGUUCCUAAGCUUCUCCUUCACAACCUUGUUUGGGAACGCCAUCGCCUUCGCUACAGGAGUUCUAUAUGGCCUCGCCUCCUUAGGCAAAAAGGGAGACGCUGUGACUUACGCCAGACUACAGCAUCAGAAGCAGGGAGACGAAGAGAGGAUGGCAGGGGCAGCGAAUGGAGCUCCAGAGUGAUUCAGCUGGUUUUUCACCUCCCUCGUCUUGUUUUCAGUUUUUACACUUGGGACCCCCCCACCCCCAGUGCUUUUCCAACACUACAUAAUUGUUGUAAUGAUUAUUUAUUUGCUUUUUCUGGUGCAUUCUUCUUGUUCUAACACAGUACCAUCAACAAAUGUUGAGUUAAUUUACUACCUUGAGUCAAUAAGAUGGAAAUUAUCAUUACGAUGCAAAGCAUUUAAUUGACGUUAUGUUUAAAAUUCUUCUUCCAGAUUGUACCUGCAUGUUUUAUUGCCAGCGUCAAUUCAAACAUGAAUAUUUUUGUUUUGCCCAAAGCCUUCAAGUAAAUAAGACGUCAAAUGAUUGUGAUGGAAACAUAUGACUGAGUUCAGCUUAUUCACCCUGACCUUUUAGGCUGUGAUUCAGAGUUGUGUGAGAGAGGGAAUGCAAUCUGAAGGGGGGGCGGGGCUCAGCCGCAAAAGAAAUUACAGAUUUGUAUUAUUUACUAGUGACUGUGUGACCGUUAAAGAGCGGCAUAAUCAGAGUGCAUGUUCUUGAGGCAAAAAGGAAGGCCCAUUUACAAUGGUAGAGUUGACUCACCAGCUGAAACAAACACAUUUUAACUUUAACACAAAUACAUAUUUUUACGUGAAACCUCCACCCAUCUUGGAGCAGAAAGCCAGCUAGUGUAUGACUCCGAUGUGGUGGUCUUACGCUCUGGUCUUACGUAUUCAGGCCACAUGCUAUUGCUUGAGUCUUUUUGGUGACAUAAUAUUAAUAAUAAUGUCAAGGAUAGUGGUGCACAUGCAGGGAUGCUUCUCUUAGUCAGCAAAUGCUGUAAAGUUUCAGUUUAUCAAAGCAUUUGGCAAAAGCUGCUUUACAGCUUAAAAUAAAUCUUUAUCACAACAUGUAAGUUAAAAUGUUUGAUGCUUUGUGUAGCAAAAGAAACAUUUAAAGAACACAGAAGCAAAAAGGGAUGUGUGCAUUUAAUUUAUUCAUUGUUUUCCGGGUUUUAUUUAAAACUGUCAUGUUAAGUUAUUCAACCAAACCAGAUAAUGUGGUAAAUAUGUUUAGAAAUGAAGCUUUUAUUGCAGCAGUAUGAUCUCUUACAGAAAAAUCCAACUUCUAAAUUGACUCUUAAUUCAGGAGUGGGAUAAAAAAUCCUGUUAAGAAUGACAUUUUUGUACUGUGAAAAAAACUGAAACCUUCUUACAUUUGUAGAAAUGUAUCUGUCUCUCGUAACUUUAAAGCAGUAAUCAAUGACUUCUUGCCUAAAUUUGUCCAAAUCUACAGUGAGAACAAUAAUUUAAAAAGGUCAAACCACUGGAACUGUGACGAACAAGGCUGCAUGAAGAACCAAGUUUAUUUUGCCACCAUACAUAAUGAGAAGGGUGGCAAUGGAUGCAUUUGUAAGAAUGCAGAUACUCAGUGUUGGAGAACUUCAGGGCAUUUUCCAUUGUGAGAUUAUGCUUCUGCAAUAAAUGCUGAAGUUAUUCAAAAUCUCUUAACACAUUUUUAUCAAGGAUGAGAGUAAAUAGGGAGGUCGCUGAGUGUGUGUGAAACCUGAAGUGUUUCCUUAAUCUUUUCACUGUCGUGCUGUUUUGUUUUGAUCAAAUUAAGAAUCUCGUGUUCUCUGUACCGUUUGAAUGGUUUUGGCUUUAUGGGCUUUGAUCAAUUAUUGUUAAAGUGUCAGACUAUUGAUGUCUGAGUUUUUAACCCUAAUUCAGCCAAACAUGCAGCAAGUAAUGAUAAGAGGUGUUUUUGGUAUCAAGAUAUAAUAACGCUGGGCACAAAUGAACUACAGCUCAUGGACAUUUAUAAACAAAUGAAGGUUAAAGGGAUCAUUUUAACUUUGGGGAAUGUGUUGGGUAUAUCCAAAGAUAUUUCUUUUUUCUGUUAGGGUUUUAUGUACUUUUCUUUUGUUUUGCAGUUGAGAUAAGCUGAUGUAGUGUAGCUCAGCCUGUGUAGCCUACUGAUGAUCAAGGAACUGACUGUCAGAGUUUGGCAGCAGAUUAUGAAACAAAGAACCGGAAUAUGUGUUCAUUUUUUUUUUCAGUUUCUCAGUGUGUACAGUUUAAUUAAGGGAAGUGUCUUUAUUCGGGGAUUGUUUUGGUCUGCGUUCCACUCAUCAGCCAGAGCUAUGGUUUACCUUUGUUAUUAGAUUAAAGUGGGACAGAGAUUGCAGGAUUUACUUGUUUUUUAUUGUCUUGGCCCAGAAAAACAAAUGGUGCUUGCAUGUGUCUCUUACAGCCUUCACCGUCUCAAGUCCUUACCCGGUUAGUUAUUGAUAAAGUUUUAGUUUAUCUACCACCAUGGACAGCUCUCAGGUAUCAUACAGAACUAGUGCAAGGAUGACUGUGAAAUUACUGGAUACCUUCAGCCAGUUGAAACACAUUAGUGAUACAUUUUCAACAUGCACGUCCAGCGUUGAUAAACGUUUAAACAUCAUUAUUGUGCUACACACACCACCACACUGAUCUUAUUCUCUUCUCCAUAUCCAAAUCCAUUUUAUUUAUUGUGUUUAUUUAAUUCAGGCUACACCUGUUAAGACUCAUCUGUUGGCUGCAGGUGAUUAAUGCCCACUUUGCUGUAAGAGAUAUGUGUACAGUCAGUGUGUUGUGAUGUGAACUCUGAUUCUGACUUUGGUGAAUUAAACUUGCUACUACCA